AGCGGAAUGAGCUGUCGCCGAGCUUGUCGAAGUACUCAUCCACAUAUUGGUAUGGCAAGUCGCAACAGAUGAAGGCGCAACUGCGACCUCUGACUGCGACAUGACUUUUGAAGUGACUCUACAUACCUGGCAUGACCUUGACGCUGUUUGAAGGAUGCAUGGACGUCAUUUUAGCGUGUAUUCUGCAGUGUUGACCAUGUUCAUCAACGGCUGGAACUUCCUGGUCCAGGUUUAUUACAUCCCGUUGUUCUAUCAGCUCGUGUAUGGGUACUCUGCUGUUGAGUCCGGAGCUUUAUUUCUGCCCAUAAAUCUCACGCAAAGUAAGUGUAGCCUAGCAGCCUUUUUUUCAGACACUAACUGUUUGGCAGCUUUCUUCAGCACAUUAUCCGGUCUCGUUGCGCACAAGACCGGACGCUACAAAGAGUGCCUCCUUGUGGGCUGGGCCGUACGGGCAGUCGGACUGGGUCUCAUCUCAACGCUAGACAGUCCGUCGCUGGGGAAGCAGGUUGAGUACGGUCUGCUUGCAGGCCUCGGGCUCGGCAACACGUUGCAGCCGUCGCUCAUCGCCGUGCAAGCUGGUGUCGAACGCAAGCACAUGGCGGUCGUUACCUCUUUCCGGAACUUCAUACGCAACCUUGGAGGCACCCUUGGACUGGCAAUAUCAGAGACGAUCAUCAACAAUGCGAUUCGCGCCACCCUUACACCAUACGGACUGUUGAGACCAGAGAUCCAACUACUCCUGGAUUCGCCAGCAAGGUAUCAAGAAUCCACUGAUGAUCAGCGUAUCAAGAUGCUCCGACUGGCACUUUCAUCGACCUAUCAGAAGGGGUUCAGGAUCGUCUUCAUCGUGGGAGCGGUACUAGAUGCGCUUGCAUUUGUUGCUGCUUGGUUCCUGAUGCCACAAGCUGAGCUGGCAAGACCUGUUGAUGAGAAGUUGAAGGAAGAAGGGAAGUGAUAGGAUGCAGAGAAGAGCAAAAACAAGGAACAGGCCUGAUGAGUAGUACCAACGUGUCCAUCGCACAGAGUGAAGAUAGCUCCCACAAGAGAACUAUACUGUCACAUAGUAGACAUUCUCAGGUGUCCUCAGCAUUAGCGUACGCCAUGUUGGAGGAUUGUGA